UUAUUUCUCGAAAUAUCUAAUCCACAGUUAGAACACUCUUGAGCUUUAUCCGCUUCCCAUGGCGUCAACCGCCGCUUCUCCUUCCUUAUCUCUACUCUCAUUCACCUCAAAACCACCGUCUUCCUCCGCCACGCAGCGGCUAUUUGCGUCAUUCAGAACGGACGGCGGUUUCGCUCCUUUAACACUCAAAUCCCGCCGCGGACGUGGUAUCAUCGUUAAAGUAGACGACGUCGAUGCUGAUGGAGGUGGACCGGACGAGUACGACAUGGAUGAUGAGGAGGUAGAGGAAGUUGACAACAAGAAGGACUAUGACGUCGAGUAUGACCCCUUGGCCGCCGCGAUGGCGGCUGCAGGCGGUGGUGGUGAUGGAGAUAUCGCUUUUGUUCAGAGUAAGAGUUUUAUAUCGACACAGGGAUGGGAUUCGGAGAUGGUGGUGGAUUAUCGGAUAAACGAAGAUGAGUUUCAUAAAAUCAGCUUAAUGGACUGUGAUUUCUUUAUCAGAAAACCUCCUGAUCCAGAUAACGAUGUUUAUGAUUUCAGAGAGAUGUAUGUAACUCCUCCUGAUACAGAUAUUUACUCAAUUCCGAGAGUUCUUGCACCAAUGCCUCAAAAGUAUAUUCGGUGUGCAAUGAGUGAUUAUGGAUGUUACAAUGUCACUGAACCACCUAUUGAUGCUCCCCGGGAUCCACUGUACAAAUCUGAGAGGGAGAUAUCUAAGGUUUUCUUGACAAAGCAUUACCGGAACAGAAGGACAAACGACCCAGAAUUUGUGCUAGAUCUUGAAGAGAUCUAUGUUAUUGAUUCCAAGACAAAGUCAAUCACCAGAGCCAGAGUUCUGGUGACAGUUCCAGGAGGAAGAAAAAGAGAUAGGAAGGAUGACUUGCUCGUGAUACGAGAUAAUGGAACCUCCUUUAAGAUCAUACACGUGGGUGAAAGAGAUGACCCAACAACGGUAAUAGAGAGGGAAGAGUGGAGCAAGACCCGAGAAGACAUGGAGAAACAUCUCAGGAAGCUACGAGACUUCAGUGUCUCAAAUUGGUUCUAAAAAAUCCCGAAAGAAACAAAACAGACAAGUCAGUUUCUUCCUGGGAUAUAAUACGAGAGCAGAUGAUGUCAAUCAAUGAUAGGGUGGAGGGUAAACAAUUUUUGUGACCUCAGUUGGUACUUCACUAGAACAGAGAUGAAUAUGGGACUCUAGAAAAAAGUGUGUAGUAGAUGCAAUAGUUUGAUGGACUAACAUUCGAUGGAUAGAGAAGCUAGCUUAUUUGCAAAUUUUGAGGUGUUUAAUUCAAGUUCUCAAUUGAUGAUUAUAAUGGCUUGUAGUAUUAUUCUUGUGAUGAGAUAUUUUCAUAUUCAAGAUUGGAACAAAGUGUUUGUAUUUGGGAAA